AUGAGGAAGCUGUGGUGUGCAGCAGUGUUGGUGGUGACGCUGGUGAGUGUGGUGAGGCCUCAGUGUAUCUCCAACAAUGACAAGCUGGUGGUGACCUCCCCACCUGACCUGGCCCACAUCACCCCCUUCAGCUUGGACCUCUUCAAGCAGCUCUAUCCACCCACCGCCACAGGAAACUUUUUCUUCUCGCCCUACAGCGUGUGGACCGCCCUGGUCCUGGCCUACUUUGGGUCUGCUGGCAGGACUCGUCAGCAGCUGCAGGACACCCUUCGUCUCAGAGACCCUUCAACCACUCUGGCUACCUACAGGGCCCUCGACCGUCUAACCGCAGAGAGACAGAGCAACACGAGUGACUAUGUGAUAGACUUGGCCAACAAAGUGUAUGUGAAGAACAGCAUUCCUCUUCGGGACUGCAUCAGAGAUGUCCUUAAGAAAGAGGUGGAGAACAUCGACUUCUCACAGGCGGAUAAAGCAGCUGCGACAAUCAACCAGUUUGUGAACAAAACAACGCGAGGCAAGAUCCCAACUGUGGUGACAGAGAGCGACGUGGCACCGACACUGAUGGCGCUGGUCAACGCCGUCUACUUCAAAGGUUUCUGGUUGAAUCAAUUCAACCUAACCCAAACAACCAAGCAGAAGUUCUUCACCACCCCGAGCCAACACAGCCUUGUUGACAUGAUGACCCAACAUGGAAAAUUCAGAUUUG